AAUAGACGAAAUCUCAUCCGUCCCAAUUCCCAAUCAUUCAGCCAUGGGCUCCCGCUACAACAAGAACUACUCCUCAGCGCGCCGCAGCAGUACUCCGGCUCCGGCUCAUCAUCGGGACCUUACACUCUGCAAUGCGAUGGCGCAUCCAAAGGAAAUCCAGGGCGAGCUGGCGCUGGUGCUGUUCUCAGAGAUCCCUCUGGCAAUGUGGUUUUCAGGACCAGCCAAGGGUUGGGUAAUACAACCAACAAUGUAGCUGAAUACGAGGCUCUGAAGUUGGGAAUGGAUCAGGCUCUCAAGUCAGGGUGCACCGACAUCCGUGUUCAGACAGAUUCUAACCUUGUUUCCCAGCAGGUUCAAGGUUCAUGGAAGGUGAGAAGUGACAACCUUAUUCCCUUGAACAAUGAAGUACAGAAUAUGAAAAACAACUUCAAUUCAUUUGAUAUUCAGUAUGUUCCAAGGGAAAUGAACUAUGAUGCUGAUAGCCUAGCGAACGCCGGAGUUAAUCUUCCUGAGGGGAAGAUCCAAACUGAGUAUUACGGUGUUGGCCGGAGGUACUAGGCCAUAUGAUAUCCGAGGUGGCAGGCAUUUUGUGACACUCCAUCUCUGCACGUCGUCUUCACGUAUGAUUGCAUGGCUUGGCUAUAGUAUAUUCUAGUGGUCUACUAAACUCCUCUUCUCUUUGAGUAAUGACUGAAGUUCUUUCUCAGUUGUAUGCAUUUUUCAGUUGCAUGUUUGAACCCACCCAAGUGAUCUUGGUUAUUUCAAGUAAUUUUCCUGUUAUAUAGCUAGUAUGGAGCUUCCACUUGGUGACUCUCUAGCAUAAUUGUCUAUCAAAUGCAUUUGUUAAAAAUCGAACUCAUGUGUAUCCUUGUUAGUCUAUGCCUUGCCAUUUGUGCUAUGCUCUUUCUUAUAAAAGUUACUUAGAGGG